AUGAGGGUGUUCCUUUUGGUAGUCCUUGUGGGCCUGGUGGCCUGCAGUCAAAUCGAGGCGAAACGCAAGAGGAAAUUCGAAGGCGAUUUUGAAUUCGCCGAAGAGGAUGAAACAAAAACGAUUAAAUCCGGAGAGAAGAAGCGAUGGAUACAUGACCCCUCGAGUGAUUUAUGCCGUCCGCUAAACUGUAAGAAAAAAGAAAUAUGUCUUUUGGAAGACUCCUUCACAGCUGUCUGUGUUUCAAGAAAGGAACUGAAGAAAAAUGGCGAUAUUGUCGUUCCAAAAUCUAGCACAAAAUCAGAAGACUCGAAAUCAAAAGACGAAGAAGAAGACGACGACGUUUUUUACGAUAGCGAAGACGACACCGACGAAGAAGCUAAUGAUGAUAUUAGCGACUCAAAUGUAUGCCGUCCAUGUCCAGUAGUCAAACCCAUUUUUCUUUGCGGCUCUGACAAUCGAACAUAUAGCUCUCUCUGCCGGCUUGAUUACCACAACUGUAUACACAACACUCCCAUUAAGUUAGCUUGUAAAGGAUUUUGUCCUUGCAAAGAACCCGACACGAAGUCACGGAAAAAACAGCGUCAAUCCGAAAGGCUCAACAACUUUAUUAGCAAGUAUAAAGCUACUCUGGACAAAUCCGGCACUGGCGGAUCUAUUAGUUCCAUCCCAGACAAACCGCCAGUGAAAACUGAUGUUUAUUCUUACGUUCCACAAGAUAUUAAAUACGACAACAAACAUUAUAAGUACAUCAAGUAUACCAAGUAUAACAAGGACAACAACUUCCUUUACGGCAACGAUAAGGAAAAAAUGCGAGGGUUUAAUGAAGUAACUGACGAUAAGGCUUAUGGUAACGCUGUCAUUGGAUUAGAUCCCGCUUUACCUAUCUCGAAGCAAUGCUCCUCUUCUGCCUUGCAGGCAAUGGGUAAUCGAUUACUCGAUUGGUUUUCGGUUGUUAUGGCCGAUGCGUCAAAGAGAAGACGACCCAGGAAUAAAUCAAAAGAUCAUUUUCCCUUAGCAUGCAAAGGAGAAGUAAGAUGGAUGUUUCAACAUCUCGACGAAAACGGCGAUUCAAAGCUUUCCCUACAAGAACUGUACGAUUUGGAACACGAUCAAGGGGAAGUCUGUCUCAAACCGUUCAUACAACAAUGUGACAUUGACAAAGAUUUGAUUAUUUCGCCUAUGGAAUGGUGCAAGUGUUUCCAGAGGGCUGAGAGACCUUGUGCGGCAAUACGACGUAAAAUUACUUCUGAUUUAUUAGGUGCAUACGUUCCUGAAUGUGACAUCCAAGGGUAUUAUAAGCCGAUUCAAUGUCACAGUGCUAUUGGUAUGUGCUGGUGCGUGGAUAAACAUGGUGUUGAAUUUGCUAAUACUCGUACUCACUCUAGGCCGAGUUGUGAUACAAUCGCAGCUAAUGGCAUCCCAACAAAACAAGAAACGCGUCAAAGUAACAGCGUAGAUGCUGGAAGUGACGAUGAAGACGACGAUCAAGAUAUAGAGGGCAGUGCAGACCGUCCCGCAGAUUAUUAA